GUUCAACGUUGGUGGAGGGAGGUUAUAGCAGCCGGCUGUAGCAGCACUCAGCUCUAUGGUCCAUACUCAUGAUGUAGUGUGUAGGUGUGUGCCUCAGAAAUGCUGUGAACUGGCCAGUAUGAGAUCCCCCAAGAGAUAAAGUGUGUGGCCGGCAGCCUCGCCAGUGUUGUGUAAAAAUAUUAUUAUUCUGUGAGGAUCUCAUAAUCUACAUGUGUUACUGUCGAGGUUUCACCAGAAGUUGGAUGUUUUAAUGGACAUUAUGACCUUCUACAGCAAUUCUACGGUGGAAGAUGUAAGGUGACAUGUCUACUGCUGUCCCUCGCUCCUGCCUCAAGCCGCCACUAAGGAACCCGUGGGUGUCUGAGGAUGGUUGUGAGAGCAGCACAUCAUCCGGGCAGCAGCUACAGCAGCAACAACAACAGCAACAGCAGCUACAGCAGCAACAACAACAGCAACAGCAGCAACAGCAGCAACAACAACAGCAACAGCAGCAACAGCAGCAGCAACAACAACAACAAGUGGCCCACGGCCCACACGAUGUCCUCGCCCAUCAAUAUGCCACUCCCUACCAGCCCACUGCCUCUCACCCUGCCCACGCUGCGGCCCACCCGAGCCUCAGCGUGGCCCACUCCACCCACAGUGUCGCUCUUUCCACCCACAGUGCUGCCCACCACCCCACUUAUAGUAUGGCCCACCAUCCCACUCACAGCGUGGCCCACCCCACCCACCAUCCCACUUAUAGUGUGGCCCACCACCCGUCGCAUAGUGGGGGCCAUAGCGUCACUGUGUCCCACCCAGCUGUUAGCAUGGCCUGGGCCACACAACAUGCCCACGCUGGGCACGGCGUAGUCCACUCCCACACUGCCCAUUCCUUGCACACCAGCGCCCACGCCAUGCCCACGGCCGCCCAUUCCGUACACUCGGUGCCAGGGACGAUGCAGCAGCCGUGGGCUGACCCACAGAUGUUGUGGAGCACCCCGGCUCUCGCAUCCAUGGGCAGUGCCCCAGGAGGCGUGUUCACAGUUGGGGUCGGGGGUGAGGGGUCGUGCCCAGUGCUAGGGGCGGGUAUGUGUGGGCAGCCACACCCCUCUCUACACCCCCUCCACCACAUACCUCCAGGUGGUGGAGGUUCCAGUGGUCAAGCAUCCACCAGUGGUGGAGGUGGCUGGGGCGCCGCCCCCUCAAUCAUUCCCCAAACAGGUGUGUGUGGGUGGAGCAGCAGCGGGGGAGGAAGGUUGGUUAGUGAAGGGUCCCGGUGUGAGAGGUGCCACGACUACUGCUUCAGGGCAGCACAGGCAGCUUUUGUUGCUGGUAUAGUGACAGGCUUCUCCCUCCUGGUGGCCGGUGGCGUCUUCCACAAGCAACACCUGGCCCACCUGCAGGUGUUGGUGUACAUAGGUGCCAUGGUGUCUCUCGUGUGUGUAGUGCUUCUGGUAAUAUUUUGUGCCAUGAACAAAGACCAUAGGACUAGACGCAGUGUGUCAGUGCAUUACUCAGGGCCCCAGGUGGUCAUUGGGGACCCCGAGACUGUGCCCCUCAGGGCAAUGGAUGCCCCUAACCCUAAAGUGAUUCCCAGUGACCUACCCCAUGGCCCACAUCCAGGGGAAGGGGGCCCUAGUGUAGAUUAUAUUCACCAGACCAAUCAUAGUUCUUGUAUUGUCCCACCGCCCACUCAUGGCGGGUGCAUUGUUGGACCUGCUAAUCAGAAUGUGUGCUUCAUGGGAGUUACCAGUCACAAUGCUGGAAGUGUGAAAGGAUCAGCCAAUCAUGGUGUGGUUUCCUCUGAGGCAUCGCAUCUUCCGUCGCAGCAGAGACAUCCAGCGCAGAGAGUUGAGGAGGAGUGUGAGGCAAGCCAGCGCUACAACCUUCUCUGGAAACAACCCAGUAAAGCUUCAACGGAAUCUACUUCUAAACUGUGAAAGCCUGUCAGCAUAACUGAAGGGCUGUGAAGCUUCUAUAGAAAUAAUCCCACACUACGUAUUUCUAGUUACUCAGUGCAUCCAUGUAUGGGGCAAACUGGGUUAACAGUAGCAAUAAUUAUCAAUUUGCAUCAUUAGUAAAAAUGAAACCAAGAAAGGUAUAGGCCAACUUCUCAUCUGUCACACUGCAAAAGUGAAAUAUCACCCACCAAGACUUCUGCAGGCAGGGCUGUCCAGUGGUGGCACAUACAUGGUAAAAAAAAAUGUUCAUUGUAUGAUGGUGCAGAUGCUGUACUUGUUACAAUAACUUCGUUACACAAUACAGAUGCCCAUUCAUUCAACAGUAACUUGUUUUAUGGUCUUGAAAGUGCUCUUGACAGUUAAUUAUGCAACAUGUUAAAGAAAAGAUUGUAUACACUGUUUCAAUACAUCUGUUUAUUAACUGAAUGUUAAUACAUGUGAAGCUUCUUAUGCCAGUCUGUGGAAUAGACUAGAUGAUUGUAUGAAAAAAUAUAUA